AUGCAAUCUUCGACAUUAUUUUAUUGUAGUUUUUGCCCCAAAACUUAUAUUUAUAAAGGCUCUUUAAGAGCUCAUGAAAUAAAAAAACAUAAGGAUAAUAGAUUACUACAUAACCAAUAUCCUCUUUAUAUUCCUCUUUUUUCUGAUUGUCAACAAUUUUGUUCAACUUUUAUAAACCUUAUACAAAAACGUUUAACUUCACACCAUUCUACUCAAGGCUUAAAAGUUAUAGAAUUUCCUUGUUCUAAAAACAUUUUUACCUUUUAUUUUCAUAAUGAAGAAACUUUUCGAUAUAUACAUUAUCAAAGAAAGUAUAAUUGCAUAUUUCGAGGAUUACAAGGCUAUCAAAGAAUUGCGAAGCUACUUGAUUUUGAAGACUGGGGAAGAACAAUUGAUAAAACUGGUUCAGAAACUUGCGUAGUUUUUAGUAAGACAAAUUUAAACAAUUAUGCAAUUGAAGAAAAAGAGGUUGAAUUUUGUUGGAAAGAAAAGGGAAAUUUUUUUAAAUAUGGUGUUAUUACUUUUAUUUUUGAAAUUAAAACUGAAACGAUUGAAAUUGUUGAUGAAUAA